UUUAGUGACACACACUACCCCAAUAGCCACAUUUUCGCAGAAAAAAGAGAGAGAGAGAGAGAGAGCUAAUCUUUGCAAAAGGAAAGAAGACGGCCCUUCUCCUUCUUCUGGGUUCUGUACCAAAAUAGAUCUUAAUUACCUGAACUGAAAAACAAAUAGUUGCAUUGAUUGAGGCAGAGGCAGAGGCAGAGGCAGAGAAGAGAAUCCAAGGAUAGCUUCUUGGUUAAGCGGUUCACAACCACUAAUUAAGCCAAAGCUCAAAGGUGGACUUGGUUUUUAGGUCUAAUGCAUUGGACCGAACCAGAUGGUGACAUAUGUUUAAAAGUGAACAUGUGUCGGUAUUUCAACGCUCCAGUGCCAUUGGAUCCAAGCAUGGCUCCAUGAAGAUGAAGAUGAAGAUAAAGGUAUUUGAAUUGGAUGCGACAAUAUGAAGCAAGGUUCAAAGCAACACCAACAAGAGAGAAGUAGGGCUGAACUGUAUUGUUUGGAUUGGUGCGUGCAGCUGUUCUGGCCUAGAGUUGUGAUGCGUAAAUGGCUUAACAUCACCACCCAGGACUCUGAUUUCAGUGCUGACGAAGAUGAAGAGGAAGAAGAAGAAGAAGAAAAUGACGACCAAGGCCAACAACAACAACAUGACACUAACAAUUCCAACCCUCAGGCAUUUGGUCAAUUGGGAAGACGAUUGAAGCCUAGGGGCAACAGAGGGUAUGAUGGUUGUGUUGAUAUUAAUGAUGCUUUUCCAAGUUUAAGAAGAAGAAGAAAAUCAGAGACUUUUAGGGCACAGUAUAUAAACUCAAAGGAACUCAGAAUAUGUGUUGGGACAUGGAAUGUUGGAGGGAAACUUCCACCUGACAACCUAGAUAUUGAUGAUUGGCUAGAUAUUGAUGAGCCAGCUGAUAUCUAUGUGAUUGGUCUUCAGGAGAUUGUGCCAUUAAGUGCUGGGAAUAUCUUUGGUGCUGAAAGUAGCCGUCCAGUUCCAAAGUGGGAAAACAUUAUUCGUGAAACACUGAAUCGAAUUCGACCUAUAAAAUCCAAAAUAAAAAGCUUCAGUGAUCCACCUUCUCCAUCAAGGUUCAAGCCAUCUGAUGAUAUCCCAGGUGUGGAAGAGGAGGUAUUGUUUGAAAGUGAUAGUGAUGUAGGUGAGGAAGUUCAUCCAUUUGAUGAAGAUUCCACUGGUUUUGAUGGAGUCAAGGAUAAACCAAUCACCGAGAAAAGCAUAUGUUUGAAUUCUGGAGUUUCAGACUGUACUGGAAGUGCCGGAUUGCCAUGUGAACAAGAGUUGGAGAGGCAAUUUUCUUCUCCAAAGAGGUUGGAUAGGUUAAAUUGUUUGCGGACAGAAGAUUCAGUAGAUGUGGAAGCAUCAGUAGGCCAAAACACUGGCAAAUUAACCAGAAUGCUUAGUGGAUCUGAAAGGAUUGGUUUGAGCUGGCCAGAUCCUCCACUAAACUUGCUAUCUCAGCAUGUGUUAGAGAGACCAAAUUCCUUAAGACUGAUCAGGUCCUUUAGGGGAACCAAGUCUUUCAGAACAUAUAGUUCUUUCAAGUCAACCACAAAUGAAGUGCCAUCACAGUUAGCUUUGCUUGCAGAAAUUGACCUUGAGUCUCUUUUUAAGAGGAAACGAAGAUCAUCAUUUGUAAGGAUAGUAAGCAAGCAGAUGGUUGGGAUUUUCCUCACUAUAUGGGUUCGUAGGAGCUUGCGCAGACAUAUUCAGAACUUAAAGGUGUCUACUGUUGGUGUUGGUGUUAUGGGCUACAUUGGAAACAAGGGAUCAAUCUCUGUCAGCAUGUCCGUAUAUCAGACCCUUUUUUGUUUUAUAUGUACCCACCUGACAUCAGGUGAAAAAGAUGGAGAUGAACUAAAAAGAAAUGCCGAUGUGCGUGAAAUACAUCGAAGAACUCAUUUUCAUUCGUAUUCUGAUAUUGGGCUUCCCAAAAGCAUCCUUGAUCACGAAAGGAUAAUUUGGUUGGGUGAUCUGAACUACAGAAUAAACCUGUCGUAUGAGAAAACACGAGAACUUAUUUCCAAUAAGGAUUGGUCCAAGUUGGUUGAGAGUGACCAGCUUCUGCGGGAGCUUAAAAAAGGCCGUACAUUUGAUGGAUGGUUGGAGGGUACCUUAAAAUUUCCACCUACAUAUAAAUAUGAAGUCAAUUCAGAGAAGUACUAUGGAGAGGAUCCAAAGUCUGGGAGGCGUACACCAGCAUGGUGUGAUCGUAUCCUUUCAUAUGGCAAGGGAAUGAAGCUACUGAGUUACAGGAGAGCUGAGAUUAAACUUUCAGACCACCGACCUGUGACUGCCACAUACAUGGCUGAGGUUGAGGUGUUUUCUCCUAGGAAGCUACAGCGAGCACUCACAUUUACAGAUGCAGAGAUUGAAAAUGAUGAAUCCAUUGUGGAUAUGGGUAUGGAAGUUGGAAUGGGCCGCUUAAGAUUGGAAGAGGACAUACCUGAAGAGUGUUAAGGAAGACUAAUAUUUGACAACAUUCCAAGUGGCUAUGGGUUAGAGCUCUUGCAACUUGUAAAAAUUUCAAUAUUACUACUACACUUCACAUUCAUUCUUUUGAUUUCAUAAACUUGUCAUUGCAGUUAGUGUAUAGUUGUCUUAUGUAAGGGGGUUUUACCAAUAGGUCUUGUAGAGAAUACUAGUUCUAAAGUUGGGUUUCUACAUGUGUUUUAGUGUAUGUAUUGUGUAUUGAAUAUCAUCGUGAUUAGUGAAGAGUUCUCUAAUUUUUAGAAAGUAGAUAUUGUAAAAUAUAACUGAUGCAUGUUUGCAUGAGAUAGUGUUGCUAUGUUCAGCCUUGA